AUGUUCUCGGCUCUGUACCUCGUGCUGCCCCUGCUGGAAUUGCUCCUGUCAGCAGAGCUGAGCGGUGGGGACCGCGUGGACUGCAUGAAAGCCAAGGAACAGUGCUGGAAAGAGCGGGGCUGUCGCACCAACUACCGCAGGCUGAGGCAGUGCUUGGCGAGCAAGAAGACCGACUUGAACCUGGCAUCGGGCCUCGAGGCCACGGAUGAAUGCCAUAAUGCCGCAGAAGCCCUGAAGCAGACGUCUCUCUACAGCUGCUACUGUGAGCGUGGAACUGACGAGGAGAACUGUCUGCGCAUCUACUGGCGCAUGUAUCAGAGCCUGCAAGGAAAUGAUCAGCUCAAAGGUUCCCCAUAUGAACCCGUGAACAGCACACUGUCAGGUGUAUUGCCGGUGGUGCCAAUCCUGUCAGUUAAGCACAUUUCUGAAGAGAACAAUUGCCUGAAUGCGGCCAAUGCCUGUAAUCUCAAUGACACCUGCCAUAAGUAUAAGGCGGCCUUCGUCACGCCGUGUAUCACCAGCGUUUCUAACCAAGUCUGCAACCGCCACAGAUGCCACAGGGCCCUGAGGCAGUUCUUUGACCAGGUUCCUGCCAAGCUCAGUUACGGCAUGCUCUUCUGCUCCUGCCACAGCGUGGCCUGCAGGGAGCGACGGCGACAGACCAUCGUGCCUGCGUGCUCCUAUGAAGAGAGGAAGAGACCCAGCUGCUUGGCUUUGCGGGAGUCCUGCCAGAGGAACUACAUCUGCAGAGCUCGCCUUACAGUUUUUUUUACCAACUGCCAGCCUCAGUCAAGGUCUGUCACCAGCUGUCUUAAGGACUACGCUGACUGCCUCUUGGCCUACUCAGGGCUCAUUGGCACACUUAUGACCCCCAACUAUAUAGACUCCAGCAGCCUCAGUGUGGCCCCAUGGUGUGACUGUAGCAACAGUGGGGAUGAUCUGGAAGAGUGCUAUGAAUUUCUGAAUUUCUUCAAGAACAACAAGUGUCUUAAAAAUGCAAUUCAAGCUUUUGGCAAUGGCUCCAAUACUGCUACCAGCACAGCUUUCUGGGUCAAGAAGACUCUGGGACCAGCCGGGUCUGAAAAUGAAAUUCCCAAACACGUCUUACCACCUUGUGAAAAUUUACAAGUAAGAAGUGGGUUCAGAUUUUCCAGAGCUUACUUCUGAAGAGA